GUCCUUUCCCGUAUAUAGUUCUUCUUUACUCCUCCCUGCUUCAGUCCAUAACAAUAAUCGCCUACGAAAGUUGAAACACAAAAGAUCGAAGAGAUGGAUAGAUCAAGAUUGCGGUCUCUCACCUUGCUUUGCACUUUGGUUCUUCUUGGAUCUCUAGCUUCUACUCAGGCAAAGAAGUCCAAGGAAGAUCUGAAAGAAGUUACUCACAAAGUUUACUUUGAUGUUGAAAUUGCUGGAAAACCUGCUGGUCGAAUUGUCAUUGGACUCUUCGGAAAGGCGGUUCCAAAAACAGCAGAAAACUUCCGAGCACUAUGCACAGGUGAAAAAGGUGUUGGAAAGAGUGGGAAACCUCUCCACUUCAAAGGAAGUGCUUUCCACCGGAUUAUUCCAAACUUCAUGAUUCAAGGUGGUGAUUUUACACUUGGUGAUGGAAGAGGUGGAGAAUCAAUCUAUGGUGAGAAAUUUGCUGAUGAGAAUUUCAAGCUGAAGCACACUGGACCUGGGCUUUUGUCAAUGGCAAAUGCGGGUCCCGACACCAACGGCUCACAAUUCUUCAUCACAACCGUGACAACCAGCUGGUUGGACGGCAGACAUGUUGUUUUCGGAAAGGUGCUGUCUGGAAUGGACGUGGUUUACAAAGUCGAAGCGGAAGGAAGGCAGAGUGGCACACCCAAGAGCAAAGUUGUGAUUGCUGACAGUGGUGAACUCCCUCUGUAAUUAUCAAAGCUCAAACUUGGGUCUUUUCUUUAUUCCAAUUAAGUCCAUGAUAAAUCCUCCAAGAUGAACCUUUUUUUUUUUUUUUGCUUUUUUGUCCUAGCAGACUCUGGUUAGCUGAUAAGAAUCAUAUCUUUCACUUGCUCUAUGAUAUGUUAUGCGUAGCCUUAAAAACUUAUAAGAUUUGGUUACUGGGUGAUUACAAACAGCCAAGAGUUUUUCA